GCGCACGCACGCAGCAGCCCACCCCGCCAAGCAAGCGCUCUCGCCGCCGCCGCCGCCGCCACCCCGCCGCUGAGUCGGGUGAGUUUGUGGUGAAGGAAGGUAAGGGGAUGCAUGAGGACCAGUAAGCUGAAACUAACACAGACAAGACUCAGCUGCUGCUGGGCAGUGCCAGAGACAAAAGAAGGGGCCGUGGCUUGGUGGUAGAGUGUCUGCUGCACACGCAGAAGGUCCUGCUUCAUUCCCUGGCAUCUCCACUUAAAAGGUUCAGGCAGCCAUGAUGGAGCCCACUCUGAUCUUCCUUUGCUCUCUGCUGCUGCCUGUGGUCUCCUCGGCAGAUGUGGCUGAUCAAAAGGAGGACAAGGACCCCUUUAACUAUGACUACCAGACCCUGCGGAUUGGGGGCCUGGUCUUCGCGGUGGUCUUCUUCACCGUGGGCAUCCUCCUGAUACUGAGCAGACGAUGUCGGUGCACCUUCAGCCAAAAGCCACGGGCUCCGGGAGACGAGGAGGCUCCAGGGGAGAACUUGAUUGCCUCCAAUGCCAGAGGAGCCCCCAAGGCAGAGAACUGGUCUCUGCUGUUGCCCCUGGCCUCGCCCAGCCCUAAGGUCAGAGUUGCUCCCCCCCUUGACCGGCUGCUCCGGCCCACCCCUCUGGAAAGCUGCCUGCCUCCAGCACACCUUCGCCUGGGGGCCCCCUCCGUCUCCCAGCAGCCCCCAGAGGGGGGGGGGCCCUUCGAGUGUCCCUCCGGGUGCGCCUUCCCGCAGCAGCCCCAGGACCCGAGAGGAGGACGAGAGGCUGCCAUGGCUGGCGAAACUUCCCCGGAGGCGGAGAUGGCCAGGUUCACUUACGACUACGAGGCCAUCCGGAGGGGGGGGCUCAUCUUCGCGGUGGCGGCCUUCCUCGUCGGCCUGCUCGUCGUGCUCAGCCGCCGUUUCCGCUGCGGAGGGAAGCAGAAGCCCAGGCAAGCCGACGAAGAAGAGCUCUGAAGCGCCGCCGCCAGCCCCGCCUGGACCAGCCCGCUCUCCCGACUGUCACUGCCUGAGCGGCAGCCACCGCACCCCCCCUCGCCCUCGAAUAAAGAGCCCGCCCGCCCGCC